AAGCCGGAGACUAGAGGACAACUUCUAGACAUGGCUCAAGAGGACCAGAGAGAGACGUCCCAGCAGACAGAAGAGAAGCGGACCAUGAACCAGGCUUCUCCCGCUGUUAUCGAGAUUCAUGACUCUACGACUGAAUGUGAGGAAGAGACGAGGCCCAGUCCAGUGCAGAUGGAGGAGAAGGCUUUUGUGUCAAGUCUGCACUCUUUCAUGAAGGAAAAAGGUUCACCUAUAGAGAGGAUCCCACAUCUGGGCUUCAAACAGAUCAAUCUUUGGAGGAUCUACAAAGCCGUGGAGAAACGUGGAGGCUACGAUUUGGUGACGACACAGCGUCUUUGGAAGAAAGUGUAUGACGAGCUGGGAGGAAGUCCAGGCAGCACCAGUGCUGCUACAUGCACUCGUAGGCACUAUGAGAGGCUCGUGCUGCCAUUUGAAAGACACAUUAACGGAGACGAGGACAAACCUCUGCCCCCAAGCAAACCACGGAAACCGUACAAGAGAAACUUGGAUGGGAAGAUUAAAAAAGUAGAGGUUAAGAGAAAAAGGAGUCAGUCGGAUAGAGAGAUGGAUUCUGAGACCCAGAGGAGUCCAGAGGUCGCCUGCCAAAGUGAACCAGUGAUUCAUCCUCACUCUGCUCUCUGGGCUGCUGCGUCUGACAGACACUAUCCAGACUGCUCUCAGCCAAUCAGAGCCCCCACUGAUCUUUGCACUUCUGUCUACGCCCUUCUCCCAGUGUCCACAUCUAAUCCUUGGACUGCUCACAUCACUUCUGCUGCUGCUGCAGAGGUCAUCUCUCCUCUGGAGAAAAAAAAGCGCAUGGCUCAGGCCAGCUUGAAUUUGCCCCCGAGUCCACAGAGCGAGGAUAAAGAAAGGCCCUCGGUCAUCCGCUGCUCCCAGUCUCCAGCCCGGGCUUCUUCCAGCCACAACUGCAGCUCCUCCGAUGAUGGCUCCCCGCUGCCUUUAUCCUCCUCCUCUUCCCGCAGCCCCUCCCCUCUCUCUGUGUCAUCAGAGGAUGAACCAACAGGAAAUGAAGAUAAGCCUGCAUCAAGCUCAAAGCUGAGCCCAAACUGUUGUAGCUCUGUUACAUCCAACUGUGGUGAGGACAAUGUGUCUGUGAGCUGUACUCAGGUAUCAAAAGACUCUGCAGGACCAAAUAAGCACAUCUCUCAGGUCAGCUCCCAAUUACUAAUCGCUGACUCAAUAAAAAGCCAAAUUAGAGAUUGGGAGCCAGUCCACAAAGUGGGUAGCAAAUAUUUCACCCAUCCUUUCCAGUCGACUUCUACCUCCAGUUUUACCAAAGUUAUUCCAAAAUCGGUUCAGCUUAUGCGGCCUGCUCCCAUGCGGCCGAGUUAUAAAAUCCACCAGGGCAGGUUGGUGCACCAGGACGACCAUCAGACUCAUGCUAAGAAGCUGAGCAACGUGGUUCCAUGGGUUUAUCCGACAGAGAAGAGGGAGAAAUCCAGGACGAUGCAACAGAAAAGUCCUGUCUCUCAGCAGAGUGUGUCCCAGGCCACCGCCUCCCUGCCGGUGCUGUGCGUCCUGUCAAGCUACGACAAAUCAGGGAGAGACUCUCGGCAUCCGCCUCCAUUCCACCCUGUGUUUCUCCCCAACAGAAUGAGACUACCACAGUCCCAGCUGAUGUACCGUCAUAUACCAAUGGGUCCAGCUCCCUCUGCUCUAGCUGGCUCGGUUGUUUAUCCAUAUCCUUACCCUGUUCCACUGUUAAACCCUCACAUUGGAUACACCCUGCCUGCCAUGAAUCCAAGUUAUCCUCACAAGCUCUGAUUUUUCAAUUACAGUUCAUCUUUCCAUUGAAAAAGGCCGCCGCUGAGCUUGUUAGACCACUUUUGUAUUGCUCCGUGUAAUUUUGGGGAGGCCUUAGUGUUUUAAAGAUGUAAUGAAUUACGCAACACACACACACAAUAGGUUCUACAGAUUUACACACGCCUGGGCAGUGAUAGCUUUAUGUGUAACAGUGGGAAACAUACAAGGCAUUGUCAUUGUAUUAGUCCAAUUUUUUAUGCACUCUGAAGGACAUUACUCAAAAACGGUCUGUCACACAUAGUACUACACUAGUGUAUAGUCUGUUAUUCACCCAAUAUGUUUCUUUUGUCACUUCACACAUUUGCACAUGUGUUCAAAGUAUACAAACUUUAAUGACAUGUAUUUAUGAAUAUGACAAAUUCACAGUAGAUUUCUGAAACACAGCAGGUUCAAUUAAAGGUAAAGAUUUUCUUCCUU